CAACAAAUAUCAGCGUAGGGCAGUUUUGAUCUGGCGCUGGGGCGGAGAUGAAAUGUUGAAAAUAUGGCGGCGGCCUUGGAGGAAGAUGAAAUUGACAAUGAUGAUUAUUAUGCUCUUUUAAACGUCCGCAGGGAGGCCACACAAGAAGAGCUCAAGGCAUCAUAUCGCCGUCUUUGCAUGCUGUACCACCCAGACAAGCACAGAGACCCAGAGCUUAAGAAGCAGGCAGAGCAGCUUUUUAACUUGGUGCACCAAGCAUAUGAAGUGCUAAGCGACCCGCAAUCUAGAGCUAUCUAUGACAUAUAUGGGAAGAGAGGGCUAGAGGUUGAAGGAUGGGAGGUGGUGGAGAGGAAAAGAACACCAGCGGAGAUCCGUGAAGAGUAUGAGCGACUUCAAAGGGAGAGAGAGGAGAGAAGACUACAACAAAGGACCAACCCUAAGGGGACAAUAAGUGUGGGUGUUGAUGCAACUAACCUCUUUGAUUGCUAUGAGGAAGAUUACGAAGAGAUCUCUGGCGGUGGCGGCUUACCACACAUUGAGAUCAACAGGAUGCAUAUAUCCCAAUCCAUUGAGGCCCCUCUGACCACCUCAGACACAGCCAUUCUCUCUGGAUCCCUCUCCACGCACAAUGGCAAUGGAGGAGGAAACGUAAACUUGGCCCUGCGUCGGGUCACCUCAGCUAAGGGCUGGGGAGAGGUUGAGUUUGGGGCAGGAGACACUCAUGGCCCUCUGUUGGGGUUGAAGAUUUUCCGUAAUUUGACUUCACAUUGCUUUACGACAGCUCAUUGUGGCAUGCAGUUUUCAUCUCGGGGUAUACGGCCAAGUCUCACUACCAUGCUUGCACGCCACCUCGACAAAAACACUAUGGGUUAUUUACAGUGGCGCUGGGGAGCUCAGUCUUCCAUGAAUACCAGCAUUGUCAGGGACACCAAAAGCAGUCAUUUCACCUUUGCUGUGCAGUUGGGAAUUCCACAUACUUUCAUCAUGAUGAGCUAUCAGUACAAGUUCCAGGAUGAUGAUCAGACCAAGAUCAAGGGCUCAGUGAAGUCAGGGUUUUUCGGUACAGUAGUGGAAUACGGUGCUGAGACAAAGAUCAGUCGUCACAGUGUUCUAGGUGCUACUGUCAGUGUUGGAGUACCUCAGGGCGUCUCCCUCAAGAUCAAGUUGAACCGAGCCAGCCAGACAUACUUUUUUCCUAUUCACUUAACGGACCAGAUUCUACCCAGUGCUGUAUUUUAUGCCACUGUUGGACCCCUUGUUUUCUACUUGGCCAUCCAACGGCUUGUUAUCAUACCUUUUGUUCGUGCUCAGCAAGAACAGGACCUUGAGAAACAGCGGGAGAGCUCGGCAUCAGACAUUGCCAAGAAGAAACAAGAGGCAGAGGCAUCUGUUCUGCUAAUGCAAGAGUCUGUGCAGAGAAUUAUCGAAGCUGAGGAGUCCAAAAUGGGUCUGAUUGUCCUCAACGCCUGGUAUGGCAAGUUUGUAACGGACAACAGUCGUAAGCACGAAAGGGCAAGAGUCAUUGAUGUGACGGUGCCUCUUCAGUGUCUGGUGAAGGACUCUAAGCUCAUUCUCACAGAAGCCUCUAAGGCUGGUUUACCGGGCUUCUACGACCCCUGUGUAGGUGAGGAAAAGAGCCUGAAGUUGCUGUAUCAGUUCAGAGGUGUAAUGCACCAAGUUUUAUGUGGUGACACAGAAGCACUCAGGAUACCAAAACAAUCUCACAGGAUUGAUAAUGACAGUUAGGAACAUAUAUUUCUUGAGCUGAAAGGGACCGCUUGGACUGGUAUAGAGCGACGAGACACAGACAUUUUGGAGUAGUGCCCUGGAAACACUCUGUGCACUUAAAAGUAUUCAUAUACCUAUUUAUCCUUUAUUGUGUGCCGUUUUAAAUAUUAUUCUAAAUGAUGUCUGUUUGGAAAUAAGAACAUUUAAUUGGAAAGUUUGAUUUGCUGGAUUUACACUAAAAAAAAACUAGAUUAAAAGAAACAAAAACCUCUAUUGUUAAAAGAUAGACAAUGAUGUGUUCCUGUUUUGGUAGGCCUUAUACACAUUUUAAAGAGAAAACCCCAAAGAUGGGUACACAUCCUUGUCAACUGUACUGAGCAUCUCUAGACUACAACAGUGCCUGUAAUCAGCACUCACCAGAGAGAGCUAUUUUACUCCCAUUACAUCAGAGAGAAACCAUUGCUGCUUGAUCCAACUCACUGAAUCCCACAGGAGAUGGUGUACCCCAGCUGUCAGCCUUAUUUCUAUGUCUGACUAUUUUUGAACAACAGCAUCCAAAUAAAUUAUCUAACUAAAAGUGUUUAUCACUUCUGAAAAAAUUUCACAGAUAAAUAUUUCCUCUUGAUUUCAACCCAUUCCCUUAAGCUUAAAAGGAUAGUUCCCCCAAAAAUGAAAAUUAUCUCAUGAUUUACUCACCCUCCUGGCAUCCGAGAAGUGUAUGACUUUCCUUCUUCUUUAGAACACAAAUGAAGAAUGAUUCUGCUCUGUAGGUCCAUACAAUGUAGGUGAAAGAGUGCCAACAUUUUUAAGCUCAAAUCCACAUCAAGGCAUCAUAAAAGUAAUCCACAUGAUCUCAGUGGUUAAAUCCAUGUGUCCAGACAAGAUAUGAUAGGUGUGGGUGAGAAACAGAUCAAUAUUCAAGUCAUUUCUGUAUCAUAAAUUCUCCUCUCUGCCCAGUAGGGGGCGAUAUGCAUAAAGAAUGUGAAUCACCAAAAACAGGAGAAGAAAUUGAAGGAAAAAGGACUUAAAUUUGUAUCUGUUUUUCACUCACACCUAUCAUAUCAAUUCCGAAGAUAUGGACUUAACCACCAUAGUCGUCUGGAUAACUUUUUUGAUGCCCUUAUGUGGAUUUUGAUGCCCUCAAAAUUUUGGCACCCAUUUACCUGCAUUUUAUGGACCUACAGAUAUUCUAAAAAUCUUAAUUUGUGCUCAACAGAUGAAAGAAAGUCAUUGACAUCUGUGAUGGCAUGGGGGUGAGUAAAUAAUGAGAGAAUUUUCAUUUUUGGGUGAACUAUCCCUUUAAAACUUGAAAGCCCACCUCUUUUAAUCCAUAUCAUCCAGUAGAGUCAUAAGAAUUGAAAGGGCCAGUGCAGAUAUGUUCUAGUACUAUCUGUCGACUGGUUUAGUAAAUGGAUUAGAGUGUGAACUGUGUAUUAACUCUCAUGUAGAGCUUGUCUCCCACUUUGUAUUCAAAAAAUACAGUAGAUGAAUAGUAGUAGAUGAAGGGAUAAUAGUGGGAUAUCGUCCUUUUUUACUUUUAGGCCCAUUCUCCCAUAAUAUUUGCAUUUUAGUGCCAUACUUCAUACAAGGAAUAUCUGUACCUUCAUUAUAUUCUUUUGGUUAAUUUAAACUUCUUGAUGCAUUUUUGGUAUUUUGGGAGUCUUAAUGAAAGAAAAUUAAUUGUGGUAAUAUUAAACUUGUGAUCUCUUAUUUGAAGGACUGGCUUUACAGCAUCUCUUUGUUUAAAGAGACCGUUUCAUUUCUGGGUUACUAUAAUUUAUAUGAAAUGUGUCGAUCCGGCACACUUGCCAUUUGAAUGGUGAUGUUAAAAGGACAAUCUAUAAUUGUUAGGUGAAGUAAUGGAAAGUUGAAAGGUGUAUGUUGUUAUAUUUUGACUAAUGGCCUAGCACUUGCAGCAAGUAUAUGCUCAUUUUAAAAUAAAACCUCAAGGUACAAUGGAAAUG